UUUCUGCAUUGUGUUUUGAACCACUGUUAGUUUUAAAUGAAAAGUUUUUUGAAACAUGUUGAACUUCUUUUUCCUUUUUCUUAUUGACGGUGUAGGCACCUGUCCCUUUUUUUCCGUGUUGUUUCUGCCUCUUGUACCAAAUUUUCUUUUAAAAAGUGAUGCCAAGGAAUACAUCUACGCUGUUGACUAAGGGCUUUCCAUCUCCAGGAAUUUUGCCCCUCCCUUUAUUUAUUUUUUUCUUUUGAGAAAGAAUCUGGUGAACAAUUAACAAACUUCUGUAGUGCUGAUAUCUACCUGGGAGCAGAGCCCAAAGAUGGCAAAACAAGACUCAGCCAGCCCAGAGUUAGGAAGAGGCUGUGCUGUAAUUCAGGCCGGGAGCACUGAGGAGUCCUGGCAGAGGAGCACAAAGAAGAGUUUAACAGGAGAUAUACUCAACUCAGAUGUACAGCCACAGCUUUUCAGGGAGUUGCACUAUGAGGAGGCCAAGGGUCCCAGAGAGGUUUGCAGCCAACUUCACGAUCUCUGCUGCCAGUGGCUGAAGCCAGAGCAACACACGAAGGCUCAGCUUCUGGACCUGGUGAUCUUGGAGCAGUUCCUGACCAUCCUGCCUCUGGAGAUGUCAGCGUGGGUGCGAGAAUGUGGAGCAGGGACCAGUUGCCAGGCAGUGGCCCUAGCAGAAGGUUUCCUCCUGAGUCAGGCAGAAGAGCUAAAGGAGAAAGAGCAGCAAAUGGGAGGGCAUCAUCCUGGGUAUUUCAAAGAUAAGGCCCAAUGUGCAGAAGAAGCCUCUGAAGCAGAGAAGCUUUUCUCAGAAUCUGAACAGAGAAUCCAGUCCAUGGGGAUCAUGAAGGAAGAUGACAAAGAUGCCAGUGUGUGGGAAGAUGGAACAAGAUCACAGCCAAGAUGCAGCAGCUCAUCUUUUCAUUUUGAGGCCUUGAGAACAGCUUCAACCAGUCUGGAUCAGGUGACCUUUAAAGAAGUGGCUGUGGAUUUUAGUGAAGAGGAAUGGGCUCUGCUCAAUCCAGACCAAAAAACCCUUCAUAUGGAAGUGAUGUCUGAGAAUUUGGGGCUCAUGGCCUCUCUGGGUGGCAGUGGGCAGGAGAAUGAAUAUGAAGAGGAACCACAUAGGACCUUCCUUGAAGGAAGUAAAUGUAAGCAGCAAGAAGGGCAGAAAGCAAAAACUGACCCUCAAGAGGAGAGGAUGAACGAAGCCCCUGCUUCUCAGGGUGGGAACAUGUGUGGAAUCUCGACCCAGGAAGUAAAACCAAAAGAAGAGGAAAAAAGCAAAUAUCUUUGUCAUGAAUGUGGGAGAAGCUUCAGUUGUAAAGUAAGCUUCAAUCUUCAUAGAAGAACCCACACAGAGGGGAGACUUUUCUCGGAAGAUGAAUCUCCAAAAACCUUCAGUUUUACGAAGUGCCUGCUUCCCCAUAACGUAGACACAGGAGAACAACCAUUUAUGUCACUGUGGUGUGGAAAGAACUUCAAGUGGAGCUCACAAUUGUUGUCUCAUCAAAGAACCCACGCAAGAGAGAAACCAUUUAAGCUGGGGGAAUGUGGGAGGAUCUUCAAUCAGAAGGCCCUCCUCACUCAUCAUCAAGCAACUUAUACAGGAGAGAAACCAUUACAAAGUUUGGACUAUGAAACAAGUUUCACUUCCAUGAUAGAAGUCACUUCUCAGCAAGGAACUCUCACAGCAGAGAAACCCUUCAAAUGUCUGGAGUGUGGAAAAAGUUUCACUCAGAAGACACACCUUGUUUGUCAUCAAAGAAGUCAUUCUGGAGAGAAACCAUUUAAAUGCUUUGAGUGUGGAAAGAGCUUCGGCUGGAAGUCAAGCUACACAAAUCAUCAAGCAGCCCACACAAGGGAAACACCAUUUCAGUGUCUGGACUGUGGCAAGAGCUUCAGCUGGAAGACAAGCCUCACGAAUCAUCAAGCAACUCACAGAGGAGAGAAACCGUUUCAGUGCUUGGAGUGUGGAAAGAGUUUCAGAUGGAAGACAAGCCUCACAAAUCAUCAAGCAGUUCACACAGGAGAGAAACCGUUUCAGUGCUUGGACUGUGGCCAGAGCUUCAGCCAGAAGGCACACCUCACCUCUCACCAAGCAACUCACACAGGGGCAAAACCAUUUGAAUGCUUGGAGUGUGGGAAAACGUUCAUGCAGAAGACACGUCUCAUUUGUCAUCAAGCAGCUCACAGGGGGGAGAAACCCUUUAAAUGCUUGGAGUGUGGCAAGAGCUUCAGUUGGAAGACAAGCCUCACAACUCAUCAGGCAUCUCACGCAGGAGAGAAACCAUUUCAGUGCUUGGAGUGUGGGAAAAGAUUUGAGCGGCGGAUCCACCUUCUUCGUCACCAGGGAACUCACACAGGGGAGCAAGCAUUCCGGUGCUUGGAGUGUGGCAAGGGCUUCAGUUGGAAGACAAGCUUAAUAAAUCAUCAAGCAACUCACACAGGAGAGAAACCGUUUCAGUGCUUUCACUGUGGAAGGAGCUUCAGUCAGAAGGCACACCUCACGUCUCAUCAAGCAACUCACACAAGGGAGAAACCCUAUCAGUGCUUGGAGUGUGGAAAGGGCUUCAGUUGGAAGACAAGCCUCAUAAAUCAUCAAGCAUCUCACACAGGAGAAAAAUCACUUCAGUUCUUGGAGAUCUGAAAGAAAUUUGGUCCAUAGACACACAUCAUUUCUCAUCAAGCAACUCACACUGGGGAGAAACCAUUUAAAUGCUUGAACUGUGAAAAGAGAUUGAGUCAAAAGAGAGAUUUCAAACCACAGUGUGUGGAAAAGACUUCUGUUGGAAGCCAGACCUCAUUUAUCAUCAGGCAACUCACACAGAAGAGGAACCGUUUAAGCACUUAGGAUUGUGGGAACAGCUUUAUGGACAAGAUGAAAAUCCUAAUUUGUAAUCAAGUAACUUAUGAAGGGGAGAAACUAUUUCAGUGCUUCAAAUGGGUGAAAAUAAGACUUAACUAUCAUAAGGCAGGAGCCAAUGUGGUGUAGUGAUUUGAGUGCUGGACUAUGACUCUGGAGAACAGAGUUUGAAUCCCUGCUUGGCCACAGAAAUCCACUGGAUGAUGUUGGGCAAGUCACACUCACUCAGCCUCAGAGGAUGCAAUGGCAAAGCCCCUCUGAAGACACUUGCCACGGAAACUGUAUGAAAGGUUCACCAUAAGUCAGAAUUGAACUGAAGGCACACGACACAACACACACAUCCUAAAGCAACUCACAUAGACAAGAAACGUUUUAAAUGCUCUUUAAGUGUAAAAAGAACUGUGAAGAACUGUUUUUUCUCUUUAGAUGACUCACUAAAGGGCUGAAUUUGUGUCAAAGAGAAAACAAACAAUAAAGCAAACAGCUUUAUUGGAAUUGUUUGACUUGCUAACCUGACUGAAAACAAUAUGUCUUUUGUUGACAUGUCAGAGAAAGCACUUACCCACAACUGUUUUUUAAUUUGAUUGUGAUAAAGAGAAUUUUAAAGGUAUACUAUAAAACAUGAAAAUCAAACAAUACAGUGCUUUUUGGUGCAUUGCAAGAAUUCUUUCAUGAUAUUGGGAAUCACUGCAAGUCUGUUUGAUUAACCAAUGCUUGUGAAAAAUUGCUGUGAAGCUCAUUUUUAAAAUUUUUGUAUCUGUUUCCUAUUUUUAAGAAAUCAGUCAUCUCCUACUUUAGCAAGUGUCUCUUUUAGCCAAAUCUCAUUUGGCUGAAGAGUGGGGUAUAAAUAAAUACAUAUUAUUAUUAUUAUUAUUAUUAUUAUUAUUAUUAUUAUUAAUAUUAUAUGCCCUAACUAACAUGGCCAGAAUUAAUAAAGGCAAAA